AUGAAAGUCAAAAAAAACUCUCCUCAGGAAAGGAAAGGAGAAGAUCAAUUUAAAGAAAAUCCAGCUAUUCCAACUGGUCUUAAUUUAGUUGCUGAAAAUUAUCAAUAUACACAUAUGCUUACAUUAAAUGGUUCAUAUGCGUUUGAAUAUAAUGAAUAUUAUGAACAAAAUGAAAAAAAAUAUAAAGUUAUUCGAGAAAGAAUUCUUGAUGAAAAUGAAUCAAAUUCAUUCCCAUGUUGCGAAAACCGUAUCAGUUUUAGCGAUAGUGAUGAUGAAGGUAAUCGAAAAAAAGAUAAUGUUAAUGAAGAAGAAAAAGAAAAACAACAACAAACAAUUAUUGAUGAAACACAAACAAAUUUAGCAAUGUUACGUGAAGAAAUGUACUCAAUAGUUCAGACAAAUAUUACUCCUGAACAAUGUGCAUAUAAAUGA